AUCAAUGGCUAUGCAAAUUUGUACUGGGGUUGGGGCAAUGAAGAUGAUGAUUUUUCGGCGCGCUCUCUCGUCGCCGGGCUCCGUCUCUCUCGGCCACCUGAGUCUCUUGGCCGCUAUAAGAUGGUUCGUCAUCAAAAAGCCAUUCGCAGUCUGGGAAAUUAUGCUAUGUUUCUCGGCUUCCGUGGUCGCCAGCUGGUCGAUGGGCUCAAUAGCCUGUAUGCACGGCGCAGCUAUCGCCGUCUGUAUCCUACAAAGAUCGGUGGUGUUGAGAGUGACCAAUUCCUGAAUAUGGGACAUACAACUCCAGAAGAGAUUCAUGCCUCCUUUCCACCCGCGCUUUCUGCAUGGUAUCGUAAACAAAUAAGUCAUUUAUCUGAAUGUGCCGCAGCUCAACUCUCAAGGAAUUUGUAUGAACUACUUAAAGAUAUUUUUGAAGAAGGCGUUCUCUGCACAAAUUGGCCAAGAUUGCUUUCUUCUGAUUCUGCAUUUGAGUGA